AUGGACACGCCGCGAGGACCUGUGCUGGUUGAGGGUUACCGGCAAGAUGCUGCGAAUAACUUCCAGCAGGAAACGUCGCGCUUCAAUCCCAUGAAUACCGAAAGAGUCCAAAGUUCGGUGCUGGUAGACCUCAAGGACCCCGUUCAAGUACACCUGCUCACCGAGACGGCAUUGUUGGACAGCAAGGAGUAUGAGAUUCUCUCCCAGGAAGAGGUGGACGACCUCAAGAAGCUAUGUCAAGGUCUCAAUCAGCGAAUAGACCAAAUCCGAUCGAACCUGGCUAUCCAGUCGAAAUACCGCGAUGCCGCGAUAUCUAUGUCGAAGCUAUAUUCACCAACGCAGGGAAAGAGAAGGAGUUUAUUGGGAAACCGUAAUAGUAUGGGUGAUGCUGCGCGCGAAGCCGAGGCGGAACGCAAGGCGAUACAACAGAAGUGUGAAGAUCUGGCUGCGGAGCUCUGGGUUCUCGAGAAGCGAGUCAUGGAACCGCAAAGGAAAUUACUGGAACACACGGCCGGUAUCUUGCAGUUGACACACAAGUCAGGCAAGAAAGCCGAAACACCAAUCCCGAGAGCGCCACUUGUCAACGGAGUGCCUGCUAGCCCCGAGAGCAUGUACACGGCGAAUGGGCGCAACAGCAUGGAGCCUCCGGAUGAUAUGCUCUUCUUCGACGAAGGAAGCCUCUACAGGUCAUUUGACGAUGUUGGAUUCGGUGGUCAUCUACCGUCCAAUGUUCCCAUCGAAAUUCCCUUGAAGUCGCCUGUCCGCGGACAGACUAAGGCACUUGCCGAAGAAACCGAGAAGUUGCGGGAAGACAACUACCAACUACGGGAGGAGAAGUCCCAGCUGAUGCAAAAGGUGGAGGCUCUCACAUCGCAAACUCGGUCCUUGAGCUCAGAACUUGAUAAUGUGAAAAGUCAAGGUUCUGGGCAAGGGGCUUUGAUAACCGAUACGGGAAGGAAGUUGGAAAUGUUCAACAAUCAAAUACGCGAGAUGAUUGUGAAGUCGGAUCCUGCGAAGAACGGAAACUACAACGUGCCGCCAUCCGGUCAGUUCGAACCCGGAGAUAUGAUCGGAAGCCAUCUGGAGUAUCUCCAAAAUGCUUUGUUCGUCGUUGCCAGCAGCCAGAGCGACAGCUCGGGUGCUGCUGUGAAGAUCCAGGCCCUGAACAUGCGGGUUCGAGAUCUCUUGAGUGGUAAUCCAGAUCUUCCACCGCCGCCAGAGGCCGACGCAGACUUCGACGCGCAAGUAGGCUACCUACAGAACUCGCUCAAUGUGAUUGAGGGUGAACUCCAGAAGGCGGUCGAUUUGUCGAGCGCAGGCUCCGAGAGUAGGAUGAAAGAACAACAAGCAGAAACUGUUCUCAUGGGUCUCUGGGAGAUUAUACAAUCAGGCUAUGCUGAUAUCCGGCAACGUAAGCAAGAUCGCAGGAGGACUCGUAUGGAGAAGGGUCUCGAUGACGACGAAGGCGAUACGUCAGACAGUGAGUCUUUCGAUCCAAACGAGAAGUACUCGCUCUCGGCCUUCUCGACCAAGGUGCAAUGGCUCUAUGCGCAAGCCACAAGCCUGAAGGAACAAAAGUCCGUCUUGAAGCGACAGAUCAAGCAGCAGCGAGAUCUCGCUGGAAGAUCGGAUGGCGAGAAAGACUUGGCACUGAAGUCCAAGGUGGAGGAGCUGGAGCAGACACGCGCUAUCAUUGACACUUUGGAGAAGGAGGUAGACGAUGUUCGUAAGCAGCUUUCGCAGGCACUCUCAGACCUCGAGCAGGCGCAGGAUGGCGCGCAGAGGAGUAUCUCGGAGCAGUCCGCCGCUGUGCAACAGGCGCAUGAACAGCUCAAGGAGCGCAAUGCUCAGAUCACUACACUGCAGACCAGCAGUAAGGACGCGGAAACGCGGCUGGCUACUGCUGAAGCAAACAUCGCGUCCAUCACCACUCAGCUCCAAAAUGCCAAUGGUGCUAAGGGCGCAGCGGAGAAGGAAGCGGAGGAAAUGAGCAAACAGAUCAAAGCCAAGGAGGAGGAACUCGACCAGACGAUGGGUAUGUUGGCUGAGUUCAAGAUGAGGGCUACGAUGGCCGAGGCUGAACUUGACGGCGCGUAUGGCAGCCGGAAGGAGAGGGCUGCCGAGGUGGCGGCGCUGGCCAACACAUCAGAGAAUUCCAAGUUGCAGACUAAGCUCGAAAGGCUCGAACCGCAGGUGGAGAAGUUGAAGAACGAGCUUGAAGCGACGCUUAAAGACCUCGAGGGAAUCACCAAACAGGCUCUGGAGAGCGAGUCCAAGAUCAGUGACCUCGAAGUCGAGCUCGACAAAGCCAAGGAUGCCGCUCAGAAGGAGAAGUCACAGCUCCAGGAUGAACUUGACCGCGAGCGCUUACGGCAUAGUAACGGAGCGGGCUCACCAAACCCAACGAGCAAGGCGACGGAGAUCGUUACCGAGAGGUACAGGGAGCAGUUGAGGAGCACGCGGCAGAAGCACGCCGAGGAGAUGAAGGAGGCACUCAUGCUGCGGCGCAGACUGGAGGACGAACUCAAAGCUCUGAAGAGGGCGGGCGGACCGGGCAGGAGUCCACUGAGUCCGCGAUGA